AUGGAAACUUCAUUUGGAAGGCAAGUGAAAGCUAUCCUAAAUAUCGAUCUUAGCAAGCCUUCAGUCAGUGAUUCUUUAAAUUCAUUAUCGUCACUCACAGACUCUUAUCCCCUCCAAAAAGACUUAAAAUCACUUCUAAAGCGGCGCAGUCUCCACACAUACAAAUGCUUUAUCGAAGACUUUAAGCCCAUCAUUCAACAAAUAAAGAAUCUCGAAACAACACACAAUAACUUAAUUGAAAACCUAGAAACAAUAAGCACAGAAGUAAACCGCUGCAUCGAAAAAACAGAUCAUGCAGUCAGGCAAGGCAAAAAAUUGCAGCAAGAAUUCCAGCACUACGAAAAAAGACAAGGCAUAUUAGACUGUGUAAUGAACAAAGUCACUUUAUCAGAACAAGAAAAAGUCAUUUUGACCAGCCCUGAAAAAGAGCUUGACGAAUCUUUUUUUAAUGCUCUAAACAAGCUGCAAACUUUGAGCGAAACUUCGUUGGUAUUAGAUACCAAUGACUCAAGGCUUCUCAAAUUUUCAUUAGAUGAUUAUAUAUCAGAAAUUCAAGAAGCGGCUUAUGAAAAACUGUUUAGGUUUGUCCAGCAGCAAUGCAAAAUAUUACAACAAGAAAAGGUUGAGGUGCUACCUGGCUUUUAUUCGGCGAUUUCCCAUUUGAAAAAUAGGCCAGUUUAUUAUAAUCACUGCAGAAAAGAGUUAAUUAAGUCAAGGCAAUAUUAUUUUUUAAGGAGAUUUCGAAAGACUUUGACGAGUGGUGAAGAAGCGAUUGAAAGACAUAUAAGUGACCCUCCACUGUUUAUAGGAGAAUGUCUUGCGUGGAUUCACAGCACUUUAAUUUCAGAAAAACAUCUAAUUGAAGGAUUGCUUGGAAAUAUUGAAACUCUGACAGCCGAAGGAGAAAAUCUGCAAGAGUCAACAAUAAUUGAUAAAAUAGCGGACCCUUCAGUGAAUGACCUAAAGGAUUUUGUAGAAAAAGCAAUAAAUCAAUGCAGCUUACUGGACAGUUUUCAUUCUUUAAGGAUCAUAGCUUUUUAUAUCAGAAAUUUUACAGAUACAUCAAUUUUGUCAUUUGCUAGCAUGAUAAUUAAAAGCUUGUAUGAGAUCAGCACACUUUGUGAAGAAAAGCUUGGACAAAGAGUGCUGCAGUCCUUAACACAUAUAAAGCUUUUCAGCAUAAGCACUGAUUUGCAGGUCCCUAGAGCUUUUAUGGAAAGAUUCACUGAGUUCUGUCAACUUCUUAAGGUUAUUGACAGCAAUCGCGAAUUUCUUCCUUUUUACCAAAAUCUAUAUAGCUCUAGCCUCCUUUUGGAUCUGACUAUCUCAAUGUCUCCUGACAUCAAUCGGAAUUUGGUUUAACAAACAUUUGUUGGUAAACCCAAUUCUCUAGAUGAUAAAUUUACAAUAAGGAAUGAAUUUGCCGCCUGGGAGCUGCUUCACCAACAAAUGUAGGUAGAAACCAACUUCCCAAUCGAACGUCAGGAGACAUCAAAUAGUCUGAGCCAAAAGGAGGCUCGGGCUAUACAAAGAUUUGAUUACAAAGUCAGUUGAGUUUUAUAAAGAAGAAGCGAAAUCUGCAUUUGACACAGCAAGAGCUGCAGUUCUCAUGAUAAACAUUUUGAAUUUCAUAAAAUUUGCAUUGAGUGAGUACGAUUUUGCAGUUAAUGAGCUGCAAGAAUUAGACGAAGACAUAGGGCUUGAUGCGGAAGAUUUGAUCAAGGCUUCCAUUAAAUCAAUCAUUGAGCAAUAUAAUUUAUUCCCCUUUUAAAUAAUAUUUUGCUUGCACUUUUUCAAUUAAACCAGGUCAAAACAAAUUUUAUUAAAAUUAGUAUUUUCACUUAUAAAAUUUGGGUUGACAUGAAUUUACAACAAUGUUGUAAAUUACAGUAAAUUUUGCUCCUAUAAAAGUGACUGUAAAAAAUUUUUUUUUCAAAUUUGCAUGAAAAAACAACAUUGGAAAAAAAAAAUUUUUUAAAAACGUACAUGAAAAAACAACAUCAUAAAAUUUUUUACUCGUUUUUCCAUGAAAAAACAACAUCCAACAAAAAGUAUGAAAUCGUUAAUUUAUAAUAUUGAAAAGAGAAAUCGCUAAAUAAAAUUGAGGAUAAAUACUAGAUAACUUAUUAAUUAUUAGUCUAUAUAAUAAAGAUCAAAUGAGUUAAGAAAAUAUAUUGUAUAGAAAAUUCCUGGGGAUAGCGCGGAAUACGCUAUCCCCAGGACCCAACCGGGAUCGGAUCCCACAUGGAACGAGGGUUCCAUGUGUGGAUCCAUUUUUCACACGUGAAAGUAAAUAUCUCACAUGUAAAAAAUGGAUCCACACAUGGAACUCCCGUUCCAUGUGUGAAUCCGAUCCCGGUUGGUCCUGGGGAUAGCGUAUUCCGCGCUAUCCCCAGGAAUUAUCUAUACCCCAAUCAGAGCUUGAUUUUGCUAUUUAAAAUUUUUAUGCUCCAAAAAAUUGCAUGAAAAAACCCGGAAAUUUUUUUUAAUUUAUGUGAUGUGUAUGCAAUAGAGCAUUCAAAAUAAUGUUUAAUAACUGGUAUAUACUCUUCUAGCAACUAUAUCUUUUUCUUUUAAAAUUAAAAGAGCAUUAUUCCUUACAAAUAAUAUAAGUAAUGUUUAAAAUAAAAAAUUAAUCGCCUUAAAAAUUUGCAUGAAAAAAACCCAGAACUUAAAUUUUAAAAAAAAAAAUCGCAUGAAAAAACAACAUAUGGUUUUUUGAAGAGCCAAAAAUUGCAUGAAAAAAACGCGUAAUGGAUUUUUAUUUUUUAAAAAUUGCAUGAAAAAACAACAAUUAAUUUCUAAAGAAAUUUAAUGAAUUUUUUAAUAAAAAAAUGGAAUUGAGGUUUAGCAGCUUUGAUAAUAAUGAAUAUUUGUUUCUAAACAAUUUUAACGCGAUUUCUAGCAUAUCUGUAAAUAUAUUACAUAAUUUAUCUCUCAUCUAUGGCAAAUACAUUUUUAAAGCGAGUUACAAGAUAAAUAUGCCUAAUUUAGCUAUAUUAUCUUCACUUUAAACAUAAAUCUAGCAUAAAUUGCUAUAAAAAACGGGUAAAUCACAAAGAGAUCAAUAAUUGUUUUGUAUCAUUGAUUUAUUUUUUAUUUUAUUAAUUUUUAUUUAUUUAUAAAUUAAUUUUUCUCAAAUUGAUCAAAGAUAAAAGCUUUAUAUUUAGAGAUUGCGUGAUAAAUAGCAUUGGAACUGCAUAUGAACUAAUAUACUUCGAUUUCUAUCCACGCUAAUAUGCAAUGUAUUUGAAAAAAAUAUAAUUGCAACAUAUACUGUAUCCACCUUAUAGCUUCCCAUAGGGUUAAUUUAUCACUUCUCAAUCGAUUUUUAUCGAUUUCAAAUGUUUUAGAUUAGCUAAAUUUAUUUUGCAUUUCAGGCAAACUUGAGCUGACUUGUCAAAUCAUUUUUGACAAGGCAAAAAUGGUCGAAAUUGUCAAUAAAUUAUCAAAAAACUAAGGGCAUUCAAAGGACAAUCAAUAUCAGUUUGACUUAUAUAUUUAUUAUAAAUUUAAAUAGAUAUUUAAAGUUUUAAUAAAUAGAUAAGCAUUAUAAACGACCUAAACACAUUAAUUUAACAUUAUCAGUGAUAGAUAUAUGUAAUGAUAUUGAAAUAUUAAACCACCAUUAAUUUUUUUUGCGAUAUACCCGUUUUUAUAGCAAUUUAUGCUAGAUUUAUGUUUAAAAGUGAAGAUAAUAUAGCUAAAUUAGGCAUAUUUAUCUUGUAACUCGCUUUAAAAAUGUAUUUGCUAUAGAUGAGAGAUAAAGUAUGUAAUAUAUUUACAGAUAUGCUAGAAAUCGCGUUAAAAUUGUUUAGAAACAAAUAUUCAUUAUUAUCAAAGCUGCUAAACCUCAAUUCCAUUUUUUUAUUAAAAAAUUCAUUAAAUUUCUUUAGAAAUUAAUUGUUGUUUUUUCAUGCAAUUUUUAAAAAAUAAAAAUCCAUUACGCGUUUUUUCAUGCAAUUUUUGGCUCUUCAAAAAACUAUACCAGUUAUUAAAAACAUUAUUUUGAAUGCUCUAUUGCAUCACAUCAUGCAAAUUAAAAAAAAAAUUUCCGGGUUUUUUCAUGCAAUUUUUUGGAGCAUAAAAAUUUUAAAUAGCAAAAUCAAGCUCUGAUUGGGGUACAAUAUAUUUUCUUAACUCAUUUGAUCUUUAUUAUAUAGACUAAUAAUUAAUAAGUUAUCUAGUAUUUAUCCUCAAUUUUAUUUAGCGAUUUUCUCUUUUCAAUAUUAUAAAUUAACGAUUUCAUACUUUUUGUUGGAUGUUGUUUUUUCAUGGAAAAACGAGCAAAAAUUUUAUGAUGUUGUUUUUUCAUGUACGUUUUUAAAAAAUUUUUUUUUUCCAAUGUUGUUUUUUCAUGCAAAUUUGAAAAAAAAAUUUUUUACAGUCACUUUAUAUAGGAGCAAAAUUUACUGUAAUUUACAACAUUGUUGUAAAUUCAUGUCAGCCCAUAAAAUUUCCUAUUAAAAAAAAUUUAAAAGGGAUUUAAAGUACCCCAAAAAUGAAAAUUUUACUUAUGUUUUGUUCCAGUUAAAGGAGGAGUUAGCUGAAAAUUUUUUACCUAGAAAUUUACAGACUUUUGCAGAAAGUGUGCUGACUGAAGGAAAAUUGGCAAUGCCUGUUAUAGAUUCUCUGCAGGAUAUGAAUAUAAGAAAUAAGGUAAAAAGCAUAGUCGCAAGCUCAAUUUUGGAAACUUAUAGAGGGCUAUUAGAAAAGGUUAAUGAAAAUGACAGACCAUCUGCAAUUUUAGAACAAUUGGUUAAUCUUUAA